CUUCGAUUCUUCCAAGCGGCUGGCAACAAGGCUGUUUUACAAGUUGCAUUCAUCAUAGUUGUUGAGUUUGUUGGACCAAAAUGGCGGACGGUGGCCGGUAUUACCUUCCAGAUUUUCUUCGCCUUGGCCUAUAUGCUUCUUGCUAUCAUCGCAUACUUUGUCCGGUAUUGGAGGACUCUGCAACUCAUCAUCUCUGCUCCACUGUUUCUUUUCUUCUUACUUAUGCCCUUCGUACCAGAAUCAGCACGUUGGCUUCUGUCUCAUGGUGAUAGCAAGGAAGCCGAGAAGAUAAUUAACAAAGUCGCCAAAGUCAAUAGAAGAAAAUUACCUGAUCCGCUCUUCACAGAAGAAGAAAUAAAAGAACAGGAAGCCGCUAGUUUAGCGCCCAAAGCAGGCAUCGUCGAUCUUUUCCGAACGCCUGAGCUCCGUUGGAGAACCAUCAACUUAAUUUACAACUGGAUGGUUAAUAAUAUGGUGUACUCUGGAUUGACGUAUAGUACUGGUGACCUCGGGGUCAAUGUCUACCUGAACUUCUUCCUGUCUGGAGCAGUUGAGAUCGUCGGUUACGUCUCAGCCAUGUUCGCCAUCGAGUUCUUUGGUCGUCGCCCUAGUAUUGCUACUUUCCUUUUCAUUGGUGGAUCUGCAUGUCUUAUCAACAUUGGUCUACCCAUUGGUACAUGGAACACAGUGGUCGCCCUGACAGGGAAAUCAGCAAUAUCGGCUUCCUAUGCCAUAGUCUACAUAUACUCCGCAGAGUGUUUUCCAACGCCUGUCAGGAGUAUCGGUGUCGGGACCUGUUCCAUGAUGGCUCGUGUGGGGGCCAUCAUCUCACCCAUGAUUCUCAUCCUGGGGGAAUACUAUUACCCCGCCCCUCUCAUCAUCUUUGGCACCACCACCAUCUUGGCUGGUUUCCUCUCCUUCCUCCUCCCCGAGACGCGCGGCAAAAAACUUCCCGAAACCGUCGAGGAAGGGGAGAUUUUCGGAACGUAA